CGCGUGCCCCCGACCCGUUGCUGACCCCGCUCCCCGGUGAUCUGAUGUCGGCGGCGGCACGCGCGCCACCGCCGCCGCGCGCACUCUACGCGCCGUCGAGAAGAGUCCCUUUCGGUGCCGUGAUCCUAUCCGCGCCGCGACCCGGGGCUAGGGUUCGCGCGGCGCGGCCUCGCGAGGGGAAUGUUCAUAACCAUUGCCUGCUGACAUCGUCUAGUCUGAAUUCAAGUUCUUUGCUAUGUCCUCCAUGCAAUUGUGCUCAAAUGGCUUUGGCCGACACAAGAAUUGCUUACCAGCCUGAAGUCGACAAGCAUGCUGGAGUUCUGGCCUAUGAACUGGUUCAAGGGAAUCUUGUUCAGUGGAAUUCAUUUAUGGACAAAUCAAUACCUGAUCCACCAACAGCUGUUCUUCUUCAUGGCAUCCUUGGGAGCAGGAAAAACUGGGGAUCUUUUGCGAAGAGAUUGGCUCAGGAAUUCCCAAUGUGGCAGUUCCUCUUGGUUGAUUUGCGCUGCCAUGGCGACUCAACAUCAAUUAAGAAGAGUGGACCACACACUGUUGCCUCAACUGCUCUUGAUGUUCUAAAGCUGAUAAUGCAGCUCAGGCUAACCCCUCGGGUUUUGGUUGGUCACAGCUUUGGUGGAAAAGUGGCCUUGAGUAUGGUAGAACAAGCUGCAAAACCACUUGCUCGUCCUGUUAGAGUAUGGGUUCUUGAUGCUACUCCUGGCAAAGUUCGGGCCGGGGGAGAUGGUGAAGAUCACCCUGCUGAACUUAUUGAAUUUCUCAGAAGAAUGCCUGAGCAGGUUUCUUCAAAACAGGAGGUUGUUGAUGCUCUUGUUAAAGGACAAUUUUCUAUGGACGUUGCACGGUGGGUGGCUACAAAUCUACGUCGAACCAGUCCAUUGGGUCAGCGACCAUCUUCAAGCUUCUCAUGGACUUUUGAUCUAAAUGGCAUCUCUGAGAUGUACAAGUCUUAUGAGGAUACUAACUUAUGGAGGAUUGUAGAGAAUGUACCAAGGGGUGUUCAUAUUAAUUUUCUAAAAGCUGAACGAAGUUUGCAUAGAUGGGCUCUCGAAGACCUCCAAAGAAUUUAUACUGCGGAGGAAUUAGCUGCAGAUGAGGGUGGAGGAGUUGAAAUGCACGUGCUUGAAGACGCUGGACACUGGGUUCAUGCAGACAACCCAGACGGUCUCUUUAGAAUUCUUUCGUCAACCUUUCGAAUCGAAACUACUAUAAGAGGAAUGCAGGACUGAGGAUCAAACCUUUAUCGAUCCAAUGACAAUAGAGGGGAGGCAUUUCUGAAUCGAUUCUACUGUAAGAGGAAUGCAAGAGGAUCAAACCUUAAUUGAUCCAGUGACAAUCUGAGAGGAGGCGCUGACACUAUCAGAAGAUGUGUACAUUACAAGCAGGGAGGUGGAGCCAGCAUUUUUCUGAAUGAUAGGCGUCUUUGUUCAUUUGUUCAUUCUUUUUUUUACAAAAAAAAAGAGUAUGUAACAUGAGUUAUACAACUAGGCUGUUCUUCGAGAAACAACCUGUAACUGUCUGUCAUAUACUUGACGAAUGAGAAGCGUUUUCGUACCUGUUUUAGCCUGAACGGUUCAGUUGUAAGAUCUCGAAUUAAACUGCCUGAUUUGCAGAGUCUAGAAAAAAAAUGUUCCUGAU